CUGCAGCCUCUCAGCGAAGAAAGCUGGUCAAAUCCAGUGCGACUUUGGGUUCAGUUCGGUUUCACACUCGGACGCGAGCAGAAGUGUCCGCGAAUCAGUCUCAAAAACAUCUAUAACCAAAGCCCAAAGAACACACACACACACAGUCUGGAAAAUAGAUCGUCAAGUGCCUCAUAACUAUAUUUUUUUUGCGAGUGUGGUGUUGCAAGUGCCGAAAAAUCGAAAAAAAAAAAAAAAUUAAACGAAUCUCGAUCGCCAAUUUGGAUUAACUCACACGGACGAAACACGAAAAAUCAUCGGGGAUUCCGCGAGGAUCCUGGCCGACUUUACUUUUCAUCUAUAAUGCGGUUUGGUUGGCAGUGCGCUGCGACCAGAGCUAAAGGCAGCACCACGGCACCACCAGGCAACGCAAACGGAAACGGAAAGGGUAACGGAAGGGGGAACGCAAUCGCCAGCGGAAGUGAAAGCGUCUACCAUGCGAUGGCUCCUGCCCGUCCGCUGCUCCUGCUCCUGCUCGCCCACCUCCUCCUCCUCCUGCCCCACUUGGCGCAUGGAAGGAGCACCACCAGCAGUGGUGGCCUCACCGUGAUCACCACCGCCAGUACCGCCAUUACCGCCAGUAUCGCCACCACCUCCAGCCACUCCACGCAGCCCCAAGCAAUCGCGGCCAUUUCAAGUCCGCGCAAGCGCCACCGGAAGCGGAACAGCAAUUGGAUCGACUAUCGUAACUUUGAUGAGAACACCACGGCCCUCGAAUGGGCCAAUCCCUGCGGGGGCAACUACCAUCCAUCGGCGGGGGAUCGAUUCAAUCGCCAGCGUCCCAGGCAGAGCUUCAAUCAGCUGAAGCGACACGCCUUCCGGGAGUACCGCAGCUUAAACAGCAGCCAGGAUUCGGCCAUCGACAUCCGCAACAUGACCAUGUGGUCGCUACACACGCACAACUACAAGUUCCUGCCCAAGCUCAAGCCCAAUUCCACGAUUGCCCUGAAGCGCUGGUACCGCAACAUGCAAACGUACGUGGCCAGCUUCGCGUAUCUGCGGCGGCAGCAGAUCCGCUGGGACCAGCGGUCUAUCACCCGCGAGUCGAGUACCGCCCGCGAGCUGCGCGAGCUGCUUUUGAGCUCGCGGCGCAUUCUUUGCGAACUGGAGACGGCCGUCAACCAGACGCAGAGUCCGCGCCAGAAGCAGCGGCGCAGUGGUGGAGCGGCGGCUACGGCGGCGGCAGCGGUGGUGGUGGUGACCUCAACUCCGCCGGUGGUGGCUCAUCUGCCGCAGAUCUCGCGCCUCGAGAUGAACAAGCGUUUGAAGCUGCGCUCCAAGGCGGGUGGUGCAUCCGCUUUGGCUGCUUCCAUGGGCGAGGCGGACUCCAUUGACAUGCGGUUCGUGAAGCACCACUACUACGACUUCCUGCGCACCAUGUACCAGCUGCUGCGGCGCGAUGGCAAGCGCGUUAAGAGUCGUCCGCGGAAGCAGCACAAGAGCAGGAACAAGAAGUCCAAGAAGCAGCAGAGGAAGCAGGAGCUGGCGGAGCAAUUGGCAGAGCAGCGCUGGCGGAGCUCGACCAUGAACGGCAAGGAGUUCAACGAGGUGUCCAAGCCAGGUGCAGUUGGUAUGGGAAUGGGUAUCCAAUCUCCAGCUGGCAGACGCGGCAAGCGACAGUCGAAACGCGUGCGGCGCACGUGAAAUUCGGGUUACAACAAAAACCUGCCUCCUCCCCCUGCCCCCUCUCAUCAUAUAUAUACCCCUGUCCUGCCCCCCUUCCUUAACAAAAACGUCCCGCCCCCCCCCCUCUUAAUUUAACCGUUUAUCGAUCUAUCGUAGCAUAAGUAAAUUAUUUGAUUGCCAGCACAGACUAUUUUCCCGAUUUUAUUGAGAGUAUUACAGACACACAUUCCGUAUUUAUUGAAGCUGACGACAGAGGAGCCUAGUUAUAGCGAACCCCUGUAAAACCCGCAAAUGCAGUUGCCGUUCUAGUCACAUAAGAGCAACCGCCAACCCACUGGAAAGUAUUAUUACCACCCAUUACCCCCCCAGCCACCCCAUUGAAUACUAUGUGACCCCCCUAAUUAGUUAAGCCAUCCUCUGUAUUAAGACUAGAUCCUAAGGCACACACUCUUUUUUUUCGUAGGCUAACUUGUGUUUGACAUCUGUGAUAUAGUGCUUGACUAGUUCGUAUUUAACCUAAUUGUAUAUAUAGCUUGGGGCUACUGCAUCCAUGCUUUCCUAGGCCUAAGCUUGCCCUUAGAAAUCGAUUUUCGUAUUUAUAGAACCGACCGAUAUAUGACUAAGACAGCAGCGAAAUAAAGCG